AUGAGCGACCGAGGGAAAGUUUUGGCUUCGACCGCGUGCGCGGUGAUCGCGACGUGCGGAAUCACGCUCGCGAUCGCUCGUAAGACGGCGCGCGGGCGGAUGUUCGCGAUCAAAGAUGAUGACUCUGUGUCCACAAAAAUCCAAAAUGAAGACGUUUCAGACGACGCGCGCGCGCGACCGAUCGCGUUGGUGCUCACGUCACAUCCGGACGAUGAAUCGUACUUCUUCGCGCCGACGAUUCAGUUCUUGAGGCGUUCGGGGCGUUCGGUACACCUGGUGUGCUUGAGCGACGGCGCGGCUGGCGGAGACGGCGAAGAGAGGAAACGAGAGUUGCUCAAGGCGAAGGAGGCGCUCGAGAUCGAGGCUCUGUGCGUGGUCGAGACGGAGGAUUUGAGAGACGGGAUGGAUCGCGAUUGGCCCAGAGAGACGGUGAUGGCUGUGUUGGACGCGUACGAGGAGGGGGCUCCAGGGGCGAUCGAGUCUGUGGUGACAUUCGACGGUCGAGGCGUGAGCGGACACAUCAAUCACGUAGCGACGCACGAGGGGGCGAAGAUGUGGAUCGAACGGAAGAAGGAUGUGUUGGCAGCGAAUGGGGGCGACGGAUCGGUGCCGCGAGUGUGGGUAUUGGAGACGACGAAUAUUGCGCGCAAGUAUUCCGGAGCGCUGGACGCGGCGACGUCGUAUUUGACUACGUUGGUCGAUUCGAGGCGCGCAUUCAUUCCUUGCUUGUCCUUAGCCGAGAGCUUCAGAGCCGUUCGUGCGCAUAAGUCGCAGUUCGUGUGGUAUCGUAAGCUCUUCUUCGCGUUCUCUAGGUACACGUAUUUGAACACGCUGCGCCGCAUCGAUUAA